GUAAAGAUGAACAUUGCAAAUCGGCCAACUGAAGUUCCAAGCCUGACUCGUCAUUAACCAUGGCGACCGAAAGCCAGAGGCCCGUAGUUGAACCUCUGCUCAUGCUCAACCUCGCCAUGUACGCUGUGGUCUCUGCCAUUGCUGGUUGGGCCGUCAAUUACAGCAUCAAUGAAACAUAUGACGCAGCAUCCAGGUUAUCAUAUCCGCUGCGGCUAUUUCCGAUAUAUUUUCCGAUAGGGAACAUGGCGACGGGGCUGUUCGUGCUGUUCGCGUUGGUGGCAGGGGUGGUGGGGAUCGGGAGCUCCAUUGCCGGCAUCCUGAGUAUCCGGGAGGACAGGCCGGGGAGCUGGGCAUCAGGUGCUUCCUUUGCCGUUGUUGCUUGGGCCCUCACGCUCUUAGCCAUGGGGUUGGCAUGCAAAGAGAUUGAUCUCAAGGGAAGAAACGCAAGCCUGAGAACACUGGAGGCCUUCACCAUCAUCUUGACCGCCACCCAAUUGUUCUGUGUUGGAGCCUUCCAUGUUGGGGUCGACGGCAUGGUCAGCGAAAGUCGACGGCACCAAGCCGGAAGGGUUUAGAUUGUGCCACGCCAGAUCACCAAGUGUGCUGCUUGUGUCCAUGCUCUCUAGCUUGUAUCUGUGUAUCUGUUUCACAGCAAUGUUCAGCCAUUAAUCUCCCAUCAGUCCACCUCCCCUUACAGUUGUGUUUCUAAGUGUGGUCUUACACCUCCACCUUUUUUGGGUGCUCAUAAUCCCCACCGGUUUCUUCUCUUCUGUAAUUACCAUCAAUGUUCAUAUUCUUUCGUGUGAACCAAGAAGUGAAUAAAUGAGUUUUAAGAAAAACGACUGUUUCUCGAAUCUCGACAUAGAUUGGCACGCUUCUGUGAUCUUACAGACCCGUGAUGAAGCUCUCAUGGAAUUGGACUGUGAAACAUGAUAAAUAUACACAUGCAGGCACACACACGCACGCGCAGGAUAGAAGAGGAUGGGCCUGCCGCUGACAACAAUCGAGCUACUUCAAUCCAUUGGAUGUGAAAUAUUGUUGAACAUGGUAGAGAUAUUCUUUAUACGGAUGCAAAUGGAUGAAUCCAAUGCAAACCCGGAUUUUUGCAUUUUCCUGUGACGUUAAGCCUAAUCAAAAACU